AUGGCUUGUCGUCGACAUGUCACAUCUGAGUCUUCAAGCUCAUCAGAAUCAGAAUCAGACUCUGAUUCUCACUUAUAUUCGACGACAUCUUUCCCAACUCUUCCACAAGAGAAUUCUGCUCCCAGUACCGAGCCCUUGAAAGGGAGAAAACAUAAGUCUCGUAUUGACGAUUUCCUCAAAGUCAUUCGCGCAAUUGACCUCACUCUUGGUCUCCGAAUCCCCGCUGGUUUCCAUGUGACGGUCGAGGCUGGCGAUGCCGAAUAUCAGACAAGCAAUAAAUCUGUACACAUAGACGAGGCUGUCAUCGAAUGGCAUGAGCGCGCACUUCUGCCGUGCGAGCCAUCUUCUAAAGUUCGGGUCAGCGUAUAUGCCUCGUUUGAAUUGAGUCCCAUGUCCUGUUAUAGAGAACUCCUGCGUACAUUUGAGAUCUUCGUCAGAGAAUUACUGGAUCGCAUGCCAAGGCAGGAGGAAGUCGUAUCCGCCCAUGAUUCCUUCGACAUAGAUCAGCCCAAGUUCUCAAAUAACAACUCUCCUCCCGAUUUGAGCCGCGAGGCAACGACGAAGACUUGCGCUUCACAGGGAAUUGCUGGCUUCAUACCCAGUCGGUCAACACAGCCCGCAUCGAGCCAACGACGAAGACUUGGAUCGAGCCAUCGCACUUCAGAGGGAUGUGCUGAACUUCCACCCGGUCGGUCACACAGAUCGGUGUCAUUAAAUACCAGUGCGCUUCAACUUUCUACCCGCUUUAAGCAUCAACAUAACGGAGAAGACCUCGACGAGCUGCAAGAGAUCCUAUGCUGUGUCUUGGUUCUGUCGACGCAGCAUGCUCGUCGUCGAUCACUGGUCUAUAAGUCGCUAGUCACGGUCUAUCUGAUAUUCCAUCAUUCAGGGCUUGAUCGUACCAGCGCGGGCGAUGACGUGGACAGUUUAAAUACUGCCGUGCAUCAUUUCAAGGCAGCAGCAUAUGUUGUUUCUGAAAGUUUUGCUACCUCGCAUGGGAGCAAGUCUAUUCUGGGCUUAGCUUAUGCGACUUCUGGACGCUUACAUGUCCACGACGGCUUCAGUAUCAUCUCGACACAAUGUCACAAAUUCUUCCAAGGUACACUUGUCGUUGACGCUGGGUUGUGUGCUCGUCGUAGCGGUGAUACGUGUCGCGCUGUUGAGCUGUUGGAACAAGGCAGGACUACCAACCGGACCCAAUUUUCAGGGGUCAAGAGCGUUUUCAGGCAUCCUACAGAACUUUUGUGGGAUGACGUAAUGGACCCCACACGAGCUACCCGGGCACUGCACAGUCGCUCGCUCGUUUGUGCAUAUUGGCACGCACACGUUUUUCUUGUCAGGCGUGUAGACCAAGCAGCGUUUAUCACUCAGGCUCAGACACACUUCCCGGCCUGCACGGUGACAGAUGACUCGGCUCCGUCACCCUCCUUACCACAAUAUCAGGACUUCGCUCCCCUCGCGUUCGCCUUCAUAACCCCUCACUCUUCCCGUUCAAAAGUCAUCUGUUAUUCUACUUUUGAGCAUACCUUUGAAUUGAUAGAAACUUUUUCUAUGGUGAAUGAGAUUUACGGUAUCGUUACGCGAGGUGCUGACGGCCCUGGGUACUUAUGA